AUGUCGAACAACGGCCUCGCCAUCUUGGCUAUGGCCGCCGCAUACGUACAACAAGCCGAAUCCAUCGAGGAAGUCCCCAGAUUCGCCAUUCGUAGAGCGAGAUCAUCGGAUAUCUCUUUACUGGAAAGCGUCGAACGGUCCGCUGCACAACUCUUCCGAACAGUCAACCUUGGGUUCUUGGCAGACGGUCCAACCCUUGAUCCUGCCGUCUUAACUGGAAUGGCAAAGUCGAAUCACCUGUGGAUUGCUGUCAAUGAUUGGGAUCAACCGAUUGGAUUUCUGGGAGGAGAGAACUUCGAAGGCAACUUUCAUCUCGUAGAGGUCUCGGUCGCACGGGAUUUCCAAGGCAGAGGCGUGGGGAAAGCAUUAGUGAGCAACAUGAUGGAGCAGGUUCGAAAAGAGGGAUACAAAACUAUUACGUUGACGACCUAUCGCGACGUUCCAUGGAACGGCUACUGGUACGCAAAGAUGGGAUUCGUGGAGGUGUAUGCUCAGGCUAUGGGAAGAAAAUAUCUGGACAUUAUGGUACAAGAAGGAAAACAAGGGCUCGACCAGGCGAGCAGACCAGUUUCUGGAUUGAGAGACUUUCCAGUUGGGCGUAACGCCCACCGGGACUCCCCAGCGAGUGCCACACGCGCUCACCAGCAUGGAAGCUGA